CCGAAAGGAACGUAGUUGAGAUUAUAAUAGACCCAACCGCACCUCUACUAACAAAGAAUAUCACACGCUCGUGUUGACUAUAAAUUCCACGAAUUUAUAUAACAAUCCCGAAAAAUAUUGACUGCUCAGUCUGUGGUAAACAAUUUUAUUGAAUUGUAAAUUGUAAGAUUUAUAAGCAGUAAAUUGAUUGUCCAUUGACAGAAGUGACACGCUUUAUUGUGUAAAAUAUUUAUAAAGUUGUGCGAUUUGAGCGAUUUUGAUCAUUGGCACGGGCCACCCGUUCAACAACUACAGAAUGGCGAGUAAUUGGAAAGUUUUUCUUUCAAUCUUAGCCUCUGCGCUAAGCUAUUGUCUAUGUGCAGAACAGGGAACAUAUAUGGUGCUUUUACCUAAAACUAUUCGCCCAUGUGUUGAUUAUACCUUCACGGCACAAGUUCUAGGAAGUCAGCAUUACAACCUUACAACUACAUUAGUGAAUAGAGCAGGGACGGUAUUCGCAGAGUACGGCCCAACGUUGAUACGUACAACCCGAACGAUUAAUUUGAAGAUUCCGUGCGAUUUAGUACAAUCAUUUUACAGCAUUAAAGUUGUGGGAACUGGUGGCGUAGAAUUUGAAAAGACGAAUUAUGUUACCUUUAAUAGCAAUAAUUUGGAGAUUGUAAUACAAACAGAUAAAAAGGUUUAUAAACCUGGGCAAAUAGUGAAAUACCGUAUUUUUGGUGUAAAGCCCAACCUUACCCCUGAACGGGGCAGUUUUGAAGUAACAGUUACGGAUCCACGACGAAAUAAGAUUCAAUAUUACAACAAAGAAGGGGAUGGGUAUGGUGUUGUCGAACAUUCCCUUCAGCUAUCAAGUGAACCCAUCUUCGGAACCUGGUCUAUAAGCGUAGUUGUCAGUGGUACCAAACACACAGUAACCUUCACCAUUGAAAAAUACGUUUUACCUAAGGCUGAAGCCAAAGUUUCACUUCCCUCAUUUGUUGCUGAAAAAGAUGAAGAAGUCAUUGUUAAAGUUUCAUCAAUGUACACAUUCGGAAAGCCUGUGAGAGGAUCUGUAGUAUUGCGAGUAACGGUGGACUAUUACAAUACAAGAAAAUAUGUACGAAAUCCAGAAACAGGAAAAUAUGAAGUGCAGAUCAGCAAACAACCUGAACUUAUGUAUGAUUUGCAGCUGAAUGAUAAUGGUGAUGCUGAUGUUCGAAUAACUUUAAAGGAAUUGUCGACUAUCGCUAGCUACAACAGUAUAUCCUAUAAAACUAUUGUAGCUCAAGCCAAUGUUACAGAUAGUGAAACAGGAAUUAUGUAUGUCUCAAAGCCUUCCAAAACAUCCGUGAAGAACACCCGAGAAAAAAUUAGCUUUGCUCUGAAUCCAACAAACUACAAACCUGGUCUGACAAAUCAUCUUUUUAUCGACUUGAAACAACAAGAUGAUCGACCAGUCCUCAACCCUAAAACUAUUAAGGUUACUGGAACAGUCCAAUUUGAAGUCCCUAAAACCACGACUACAACUACCACUACCACUACGACAACUACUACUCCGAGCCCAAACGGAGCAUUAGUCGAAGAGCCUAUGCUAGUGAAAGAAGUUAUUGCUCGUCCAUACUAUCCUAUUUGCGGAGGUCCAAGUUAUGAAUAUCGCAAUCUUGAAGAACAGAUACUGGAAGUGCCAAGUAAUGGAUUGGUUCCGUAUGAUCUGCUGGUUACUGAUUUAAAUGCUUUGACCGUCUCAUUAACGGCGACAUAUACCGGUGAUACCCAAGUUACCAGAACCCAAAGUUUAUCUGUAACAAGAUCACCCAGCAAAACCUUUAUAUCAGUGACGCUGAGAACUUCUAAACCAAAAACUAAUUCCAACAUAUUUUUUGAUAUAAAAUCCACUGCUUCGUUUAAAAAGGUUUACUAUACGAUCCUAUCGAGGGGUGUGGUGGUAUUUAAUAGGUACCGGUCCUACAGAUCAGCCAGUAAAGAACAAGAAUUAAGAGUUGCUGUACGAUACAAUAUGGCACCCAAAUUAAGAAUAAUUGUCUUCAUUCGAGGUGAAAAUGAUGAAAUCGUCGCUGAUGCUAUAUCAUUUAACGUGGAUGGACUCUUCAGAAAUAAGGUUUCCUUGAGUUUCAAUAAAGACAAAGUAGAGACCGGUGAAGAGGUAACCCUUGGAGUCAAUGCUUAUAGAUAUUCACAAGUAUAUGCUCUGGCUGUUGAUAAAAGUACAACUCUGCUGGGAGCGCCUGCUGAAGAUCAUAUUUCCAAUGUUCAAGAUUUCCUGAAUCAACUGGAUACAGGAUAUACACCAUAUUAUUACGGUGGUGGUGGAGGUGGUUUUGAAAGACCCAUGAUAGCGUUCAGAAAGAAACGAGCAGCUGAACUUAGGAAGAAGAGGCAAGCCGAACUAUUGAGUCGUCAUCGCCGACUAUCAAUAUACUGGCCAUAUCCUUACUUUACAUCUGGUGUUGAUGCCGAGGAUAUGUUUAGGAAUACGGGAGUUUACGUAGUAACCGAUGCUUUCAUUUACAACUAUGUAGCACCUAGAUCUACUUGUUUAUAUCCCAGCUAUUACCUCAGACGCGGUGAGCCACAGAUGGCAGAAAUGUCAAUGGAAAGUGCUGUACAGGCUCCACCGCUUGCAGUAGAAACAUUAGAUGUUGAUACACCUGUGCGAUCUUUUUUCCCAGAAACAUGGAUCUGGGAUUCACAAAAUGCUGGUGUCACUGGUGAAGCUAAUUUUACACUGAACGUACCAGACACAAUAACAACAUGGACUGCCAGCGCAUUUGCUAUAAGUAGAUAUUCCAGUAUUGGUGUGGGAUUAACCUCUGACAUAGCGUCGAUUACAGUUCUUAGACAAUUCUUUGCUAGUUUAAAUCUUCCAUAUUCUGUUAUCCGAGGUGAGGAAGUGAGAAUCCAGGUGACAAUAUUCAACUACCUUGGAGAUGACACUGAGGCUCAAGUUGUCUUAGAAAAAGCCUCUGGUUAUAUAGUUCUAGAACUGGACAGUGAGGGGUUCCAGUAUGAAACACAAAACGCUAAAAUUCAAACCAUAAAGGUAGCUGCUGAUGGAACUGCGUCUGCCUACUUCACAAUUAGGUGUACCCAAGUUGGAACAAUAAACAUUCAAGUUGCUGCCAAAGCUUCUGGUAACCAAGCCGGUGAUAGGGUUUCCAGACAACUUUUGGUCGAGCCCGAGGGUAUACCAGCUGAAUAUAAUGCAGUGGUUUUAGUCGACUUAGAAGAGAAGAACCCGUUUGAAGCAAGCAUUCCUAUUACUUUUCCACCAAAUGUGGUUCCUGACUCUCAUAGAAUUAUCAUUACCGCUUUCGGAGACCCACUUGGCUCUGCCCUCAAUAAUCUUGAAAACUUGAUCGGAAUGCCUAGUGGUUGUGGUGAACAAAAUAUGUUGCGAUUCGUCCCUAAUAUUUAUGUUCGAAUUUAUCUGGAUGCCACAGGUCAGCUGACAACCGCCCUGAAAACCAAAAUAUCCGGUUAUUUAGAAUCAGGUUAUACCAAUCAGUUGAGGUAUAUGAGAUUGGAUUCUUCCUUUAGUGCUUUUGGAGAUAGAGACAGCUCUGGUAGUCAAUGGUUAACCGCCUAUGUACUGAGAACAUUUGCUGAAGCCAGUGAAUAUGUAUAUAUUGACGAGAAUAUAUUAGGUAGAGCAGCACGUUACUUGAUCAGUAAUCAACAAGAAGAUGGUUCCUUUAUAGAACCCGGUCGUGUUAUACAUAAAGAAUUAAGGGGAAGUUCUUUCCAAGGAGUAGGUUUGACAGCUUUCUCCUUACUAGCUCUGUUGGAAGUGAAAGACAAAAGUUCCAUUCAGAACAACAUUGACUUGACUAUCAGUUAUUUGGUGACAGCCUCUGCUACAAUGACUAAUGCUUACGAACUAGCCAUCACUGCUUAUGCUUUAUCCAAAGCCAAAAGUCCUUCUGCUGACGCUGUUAUAAGUAAAUUAGAAGCUGCACAAGUAACCAAAGACGGUCACGUGUACUGGAAUGUUGUCCUGGACGAAGAUCGUGUGAAACAUUUCUGGAACCCACCAAGGAAACAGAGCAGUGCCGUGAAUAUUGAAGCUACAGCUUAUGCUCUGUUAGUCUAUGGACUAAAAAAAGAUACACUCAAAGGUCUUCCAGUUAUGUCAUGGCUCAUUUCGCAACAGAAUGGUAAUGGUGGAUACUCUUCCUCUCAGGAUACUGUUGUAGCCCUGUGGGCCAUGUCUCAGUUUGCCCAGCUCAUCUACGCUGAUACAUGGGAUGUGAAUCUCAACAUACAUGCUUGUAGACAAUUCAAGAACUGGCGCAUCUCUAAGACAUCAGCAACCGUACUGAGAAAAUGGGUGACAAAUGAAACAACAGAUUCCAUUGAUAUAAAGGCAACUGGUAGAAGUGGACGAGCUGUUGUCAUGGCAACAGUAAAAUACAAUGUAAUGGAAAUAGAUGUUCAGUCAUCAUUCGGUUUGAGAGUAUCCAUAGUGUCAGAAACUCUUACAUCACUUCAUGUUGAAGCAUGUGCCGAAUGGCGUAUCGAAGGUGCUUCCAGUGGAAUGACUUUGAUGGAAGUUGGCCUACCCAGUGGUUUCACUGUAGAUGAGUCUAAUCUAGUCGAUAAUAAACUUAUCAAAAGAACUGAGACACUUUACAGAAAAUUUGUACUAUAUUUUGAUGGGAUUGAGAAUGAACCCAUGUGUAUAAAACUGAGAUUAACAAAGACUGAAGUUGUUGGUAAAUUGAAGGGUGCUUUUAUAACCCUAGUAGAUUAUUAUAACCCAGAAAAUUCCUUAUCGGUACCCUACUCAUCAUCAAUGGCAGAACAUUCUGAAGUCUGUGAACUUUGUGCACCGAAUUGUGAAAACUGUCCGAUCGCCAAGAAACGAUAAAUAAAAAUAUAUCCUCGUUGUGCCUUGUUUACUAAUAAACAAUAUUUAAUUAUGUUUA